AUGGAGAGCUUCCAAAGCAAGGCGCUCCUCACGCGGCGCUCUCUCAAGUACACAUAUUUUGUCUCUCCGUCCGGUGAAUCUACCAAGCAACAUCCCGCGUUGUUGUUUGUUCACGGCUUUCCUGACUCGGCACAUCUUUGGGCAGGAGUGGUCGCCAAACUCGGGGACCUGCCAAACAAAAAGAUUCUUGUCAAUUGCUUGGGGUAUGCAGGGACAGACAAGCCCGAGGACACCAGUUUGUACGCGUACAAAGACCAAGCCGAUGAUCUUGCGGACAUCCUGGACUGCGAGAACGCCAAAUUCACAAUCAUUAUCGGACAUGACUGGGGCAGUGCGCUCGCUCAGCGCACCUACCUCCACAAUCGUGAGCUGUUCAGCGGCGUGGUUCUCCUCAAUACCGCAUACAUGGUUCCCUCAGAUCAGGCCUUUGACCUCGCCACAGUGAAUGAGCUCACCGAAAAGACGUGGGGUUACCCACAGUUCUCGUACUGGGAAUUCUUCACGGCGCCAGAUGCUGCCGAGAUCAUAGACGGGAAUCUGGAGAGAAUGUGGCAAGUGCUGCAUGGUGAUGUCGAAGACUGGAUGAAAAAGAUGUUCUGUGUUCCAGGCGCCAUGCGCAAGUUUUUGCUCGGCACCGAGGAAGUGCCGUUGAAGCCAUACGCGAAGCGACCAGAAUGGAAAGGCAAGUUCAUGCAACAAUUCGAGACCGACGGAUUCGCCCCAUCCUUGCAGAUGUACAAAGGUACUGCUUCGAACAUACAAUUCAUGUCAGAUUCAACCAUUCCCAAGGAAAACUUGGCCAUUGAGGUGCCGACAUUGUUCGUGAUUUGUACCCAGGAUGCGGUCUGCUUGCCCGAAAUGAUGGUCCCGGCGAAGAACAAGGGUCUCGUACCGGAUCUGAAGGAGGUUGUUAUUGAGUGUGCACAUUGGUCACCAAUGGAGAAGCCCGAUGAGAUCGCCGCACAUAUAAGAGACUUUGUGAUCAGCAGGUUCUCAUCGCGUUCAUCUACAUAG